AUGUCGGCCGCCCCCACCAGCGCGAGCGGGCCGCCGGCGCCAGCCUCGGCAGACCCGCAACAGCCGCCUGCCACUACUCCAACUCCAACACCACAGCCAGGAGCCGCGGAGACGACAGAAGCAGACGCAGGCGGAAACCUCCAAUCCGUCCUCCACCUUGAACCCGACACGGGCAGCAAUGCCGACAGCGACUCGGCCUUUGACACCAACUCGUCCGCCUCGACGUCCCUCGCCUCCAGCAUCCUCCACUACGAGUACAGCAACGGCCGCCGCUACCAUGGCUUCCGCCAGGGCUCCUACGUCCUCCCGAAUGACGAGAAAGAGCAGGACCGCCUCGAUCUGGUCCACCACAUAUUCCUCCUGAUGCUAAACGGCAAGCUCUCUGAUGUGCCCUUCCAAUCGCCACCGAAACGGGUGCUGGACAUUGGAACCGGCACAGGGAUAUGGGCGAUAGAUUUCGCCGACGAGAAUCCCGGCAGCGAAGUGCUGGGCACAGAUCUGAGUCCCAUCCAGCCAACGUGGAUCCCGCCCAACGCCAAAUUCUACAUCGACGACGCCGAGAGCGACUGGGUGUACAGCGCCGCCGAGGCCUUCGACCUGAUUCACGUGCGCACCUUGAGUGGCAGUAUAGGCGACUGGGACAAGCUCAUACAGCAGAGCUACACGCACCUCACGCCGGGCGGCUGGCUGGAAUUGAACGAGCCGCUAGCCCUGUGCGAAAGCGACGACGGGACGCUGGAGAAGACGGCCAAUCUGGCGAACUGGCAGGAACUCUGCAACCAGGCAGCGCAGACGUUCAAGAAGGAUAUCCGCGUGGGCGACAGCCUGCGCCAACGCAUGAUUGACGCUGGCUUUGUCGACGUGCAGGAGAAGGUCGUCAAGGUCCCCAUUGGCCCCUGGCCCAAAGACCCGCGCAUGAAGGAAAUCGGCCGCUACCAGCGCGAGAACAUGACCAUGGGCAUCGAGCCCUACACGCUGGGCUUCUUCGGCAAAGUGCUCGGCUGGAGCGAGGCAGAGUGUCGCGUCCUCAUCGCAAAGGUCAUCGACGAUGUGCGAAACAAGGAUUACCAUUUAUACAUCAGGUACUACUUUGUGGUUGGCAGGAAGCCCGAGACUGCGGUGCACUGA